ACUUCGCAUAAUCUGUACCCAGCAAUUAGUCCAGCAUAUGACCCCUUUUCCUUGAAGGAACACAGAUACUCGCCUUGUCAAAUCGCAACUCUUACACGCCACAUGCCAUGGAAAUGACCCUCGAGGCCAUCAUUGCUAUCGUGGCCCUGGUCGUGGGGUUACCACCUACGUGUUUCAUCAUCUGGAAAUCCUGCAUUCGCAAGAGACAAAAGCUGAGGCAGGCUAUAAUUUCAUUACAUCGACGUCACACGAUCACUCCGAACCGCCCUCCUCAUUACGAGCAACCUCCAUGGUCAGCACCAGGCUCCAUCUGGAGAUCUCGGACGAUCAUUGCCUUCGAAACGGAAAUGAACAGGUCUCCUAGUGACGAAUCUGCUUCAAGACAAGGCUGGCCGACGGGCAACUAUACCUUUCAUCAUUUGGGAGGCCAUCAUGUUUAAGCCACGGGAAGCGAAGUGCUAGACGGCUUUGGAGAUCUUCUUCGCAAGACCCGAAUAUGAGGGACUUGGCUUACAAUCUCU